UCCAGUGCGAUUGCAUCUGCCGUAGUACAGACCUAGAGGUCUGUGUGUAGGGGGUGGAUUGGUUGAAGAAAAGUAGCAUGCAACCAAGUUGAAACAAUGCGGUGUUCCAUCACAUGGAGGUAAGGCUCUGAAACUAAAGCUUGCUCCUUUUGGCUGGAAAUUCUAAUAUAGCAAUCCAACAGGCUUGUUAGAUAUGUCUAUGAAGUCCUAACUUCAGGCUGGUUAGCUCAUGUGGCGUAUAAACAGGGAGCUCCCUGAUAAGCCCUGUCAUGUAAUUCUGUCAGAGGGAAUUACCUAAGCGGCGGCUUAUCCGAAGAAAAACCACUGUUACGAGACGUACAUCUUGCGGAGAACAUUGUGGGGGGUCUGUGUGGUGUGAUGGUAAUCACUAGAGACAGGGUAUGAAACUAUGGCCAGCGAUGAAGGCAACUACGAUGAAGUGACAUCUGGUUUGAGUGGCGAAAGAUAUGCGGUUGUCAAUCGGGAGGAAGGAUUAGCUAACCUGGAAGGCUUGUCGCCUAGUAGUGGAAGGCCAAAUAGGAGUCAGGCUGGAGAGGGGGGAGAACCCAUUCUUGAAGGUCACAGUGAAAUGGAAUUACAGCGGGAUGCAGCUGCGAGGUCCCACGACGACGAGAAUGGAUGUGAGGACGCCAAUAUCGGUGAGGAGAACGAGUAUGAUUUUCAUGACGAAGAUGAGGACGAGCUCGUGCUGGAAAGGAUCCGAAGCAGUUCCCCUGUCGCUGCGCACAGUGCCGAAAAGCCCUCUUUGAUACCAAACGAGUCACGAUUCAAUCCAAUUGAGUAUCUCAUUGGAAGCUUGAACAAUGCCCUCGAUUCGUUGGCGUUUGAUAGGACUUUAGUAAUACAAUCCAAAAUGGCCGGGGAGCUCAACAACUCUGCGAAUGAGGUUCUCAAGAUUGUCAACGAAAUGGAGUCUUCCCUGAAAGAGCAUAUUGCUAAGUACGAGAAGUUGAAACAAGAGAUCUUGCCGGAAAUUGAGUCAAACUUGCGCAAAGGCAACAAAAUGGCAAACAAAUUAACAGCCCAUGUGAAAGAAAGAUACCCUGUAGAGUAUUCAAAAGGCCGUUCCAAAGUCUUGGACAACCUUACUGAAGAUGAAGAAGGGUUAUUCUCCUAAUAAAAUAUAUAGUCGUAAUACAUAAUGAAGAAGUACUUCCGAUAUGGUCAUCUACUGUCACGUGACCAUUAUGUCAGAAUCAAAUUUCUCAAAGAAAUGUUAGAAAGACUAUAUACAUUUGCUAUAAAACUAGAGAGGGA